AUGACAGCGACGACGACGUCAAGGAGGCCUGGCGGCGGCUGCGGCUGCGGGGCGUGCACGACGUGCUCGGGGCGAAGAACCGGGCCGGAGACACGGCGCUGCACGUGGCCGCGAGGCACGGCGGCCGCGGCGGUGGAGGCGUUCAUGGGCCUCCGCUUCAUCAGCGGCGGCAACAAGGCCACCAGCGCCUGGAUCGAGGUCCAGGCCAACUUCGACCGCCUCGCGCGCGACGGCUACCUCUCCCGCGCCGACUUCCCCAAAUGCAUAGGGAUGACGGAGUCGCAGGAGUUCGCGAUGGAACUUUUCGACACGCUGAGCCGCCGCCGGCAGAUGCAGGUGGAUAAGAUCAACAAAGACGAGCUGCGCGAGAUCUGGCAGCAGAUCACCGACAACAGCUUCGACUCGCGCCUCCAGAUUUUCUUCGACAUGGUGGAUAAGAACGCAGAUGGCCAUAUCACGGAGGCCGAGGUGAAAGAGAUCAGGCAACUUGCGAUCGUGACGGCGUCCUUGUCCAGCGCGCCCUGCGGGUCCGUCAUCGCCACCGGCGCCGGGGUCACCAUCUUCGCCAGGGUUGCGGCUGCUUGGCCCUCCAUGGCGAUCGGGCAGCCAUCAUCAUCUUUGGGCAGCGAUCCAUCCAUGGGAGUCGAGGAAGGGAAGGGUACGGCGGCGGCGGGAGGAGGGGAAGGAGGAACGGCGGCGUCGGUGCUUAGGGCGGCGGCGGUCUCGGAGGGGAGGAGGAAUGUCGGAUAG